AUGACAGAACCAGCAAGCCAUGAAAAGCCCUGUGAUGUGGCUCCAGAAGAAUUACAGACGAAUGAUGCUCUGUCACCACCAAAGCAAUCAAAUAAACAGAAACUUGUGAUUGUUAUCGCUGCUUUCAUGCUCAACUUCUCCGGCUGUGGGCUCUUGUUUAGUUUUGGUAUAUUUCAAUCUCUCUAUGAGGACAUGGCAAAAGAGGCAAACAAUCCUUUCACUGGGGCUUCAUCUGCUGACAUCUCAUUGAUCGGUAGCAUAGCUGCUGCAUUGAUGAAACUAGGCGCACCAUAUGUCGUGGCAUGGUGUAAAUACUUUAGUCCACAGUCAGUUGUAUGUGCAGGUGGGCUACUAUUUGGUAUUGCGAGUGUGUUAGCCAGUUUUGGAAACGCCCUGUGGCAUUUCCAGCUCUCGCAGGGGCUAUUGAUCGGCAUUGCUACCUGCCUUUCUUUCAUGCCAUCUAUGGCGGUACCGCCUACUUGGUUCGGCAAAUACAGGGGAUUGAAUAUGGGAAUUAUUUCUGCUGGCACUGGAAUUGGAGGCCUCGUCUGGUCUCCGAUACUAUCAGCAUGCUUCCAGAGUAUAGGAUUCCGGAAUACACUGCGACUGACUGGCUGCAUCUGCACUGUCUUAAUUUGUGGAUCUGGAGCUGUUUUAAGAUGGGACCCGAAAAUGGCUGCACGACUUCAUGAAGAUAACUUGAAGCUGUCUUCGGUUUCCGGGCUUUUCAAAGUCCCCCUCCCACCCCGAGAGAUCGUCACAUCCCGCAAGUUCGUUGCCCAAUGCCUCAAUGCCGCUUUCCAGAGUGCAGCAUAUUAUACGCCCGUAUUUUAUAUCGCAGCCUAUUCCAAAACACUUGGAUAUAGCGACUCUGAAGGCUCGAACUUUACCGCAUUGAGCAAUUCCUGCAACGCCAUUGGAAAGGUCGCAGUUGGUUUUGUUGCUGACAAAAUUGGACGACUCGACUCUUUCUUUCUCACGACUCUGCUGAGCUCUGUGUCGACCGCAGGGCUGUGGAUACCGAGUACUGUUCUCGGUAGCGCGAAUCAAUCAUCAGGCAGAGGACUUUUCCUGGGAUUCACGGUUCUUUACGGUCUCUUUGCUAGCGCAUACAUCGGUCUAUUCUCCCCCGCCUUGGUUGAGAUUUUCGGGAUGGAGAAUUUGCCACGGAUCACAGGAAUUAUGUAUUUCCUCCAGGGAGCAGCUGGAUUUGUUGGAACGCCAGUGGCGGGCGUUUUGGUUCGGUCGCUGCCCAGUAGCAAGGCGACGGAAAAUUAUGUAUACAUGGCGGUUUUUGUGGGAGCCUUGAUGGUUGCAUCAACUGUGACUGUCUUUUGGGCUAGAAUUGAGGUUAUGGUGGAACGCUUUGGAGGGGAAAAGCGAUGGGCGUGGAAACUGUAA